GCGGGGAUGGCCGGCGGGAGCUGCGGCGGGGCCGGGGCCGGCAGCGCGGAGAUCGUCCAGCUCAAUGUCGGGGGCACCCGAUUCAGUACUUCAAGACAGACACUUAUGUGGAUUCCAGAUUCUUUUUUUUCCAGCUUGCUGAGUGGAAGAAUUUCAACCCUUCGAGAUGAAACUGGUGCUAUAUUUAUUGAUAGAGAUCCAACAGCAUUUGCACCUAUUUUAAAUUUUCUUCGCACAAAAGAGCUAGACUUGCGGGGAGUGAGUAUUAAUGUUCUCAGGCAUGAAGCAGAAUUUUAUGGAAUCACUCCAAUAGUAAGAAGACUCCUGUUGUGUGAAGAACUGGAGCGCUCAUCAUGUGGCAGUGUGCUCUUUCAUGGCUAUCUGCCUCCGCCAGGCAUUCCGUGUCGCAAAAUAAGCAGUGCGCCUGUUGAUCCCAGAACGGGGCAGAAUUGUGACAGGGAAGUGCAAGGAAGUAGUGCUCAGCCUGUUUUCUCUGGACCGGGAGAAGAGACAGUCAAGCUAGGAUUUCCUGUGGACCCACGGAAAGUGCUGAUAGUAGCCGGUCAUCAUAACUGGAUUGUAGCUGCCUAUGCCCACUUCGCUGUUUGUUACAGAAUUAAAGAAUCUUCGGGAUGGCAGCAAGUGUUUACAAGUCCAUAUUUGGACUGGACUAUUGAACGAGUGGCUUUGAAUGCAAAAGUGGUUGGAGGUCCACAUGGAGACAAAGACAAGAUGGUGGCAGUUGCUUCAGAAAGUAGCAUUAUCUUAUGGAGCAUUCAAGAUGGUGGCAGUGGCAGUGAAAUAGGCGUGUUCAGUCUUGGAGUUCCUGUAGAUGCCCUCUUUUUCAUUGGUAAUCAGCUGGUUGCUACAAGUCACACCGGAAAAGUGGGAGUCUGGAACGCUGUGACACAGCAUUGGCAGGUUCAAGAUGUUGUCCCUAUAACUAGCUUUGACACUGCUGGAUCUUUCCUGCUGCUGGGCUGUAACAAUGGAUCCAUAUAUUACAUAGAUAUGCAGAAAUUCCCUUUGCGAAUGAAGGACAAUGAUCUACUGGUAACUGAACUUUAUCACGAUCCCUCAAAUGAUGCUAUUACUGCCCUGAGUGUCUACCUCACACCUAAAACAAGUGUAAGUGGUAACUGGAUUGAGAUCGCCUAUGGCACCAGUUCUGGAGCAGUAAGAGUUAUUGUGCAGCACCCAGAAACAGUUGGAUCUGGUCCUCAGCUUUUCCAGACAUUCACAGUUCACCGAAGUCCUGUUACAAAGAUCAUGCUGUCAGAGAAACACCUUGUAUCUGUCUGUGCAGAUAAUAAUCAUGUCCGGACAUGGACAGUAACACGAUUCAGAGGUAUGAUUUCCACUCAGCCAGGAUCUACUCCUUUAGCAUCUUUCAAGAUACUGUCUUUGGAGGAAACGGAAAGCCAUGGUAGCUAUUCUUCGGGAAAUGACAUAGGGCCAUUUGGAGAGAGGGAUGAUCAACAGGUGUUCAUCCAGAAAGUGGUUCCUGUCACUAACAAACUCUUUGUGAGACUGUCAUCAACUGGGAAAAGAAUUUGUGAGAUCCAGGCCGUGGACUGUACCACCAUCUCUUCCUUCACCGUGAGAGAGUGCGAAGGGUCCAGUCGGAUGGGCUCGAGGCCACGCCGCUACCUCUUCACGGGCCACGCCAACGGCAGCAUCCAAAUGUGGGAUCUGACCACCGCAAUGGAUAUGGUUAAUAAGAGUGAAGAGAAGGAUGUAGGAGGUCCGACUGAGGAGGAGCUACUGAAAUUGUUGGAUCAGUGUGACCUGAGCACUUCCCGUUGUGCCACUCCCAACAUCAGCCCCGCCACCUCGGUAGUCCAACACAGCCGCCUCCGGGAGUCCAACUCAAGCCUUCAGCUUCAACACCAUGAAACCAUCCACGAACCAGCAGCGUCAUACGGUGCUGUGAGGCCCUAUAGAGAGAGCCCUUUGUUAGCGAGGGCUCGGCGAACUGAGAGCUUCCAUAGUUACAAAGACUUCCAGACUUUUCACUUAAAUAAAAAUGGGGUGGAAAAACCAGUCCCUGAAAAUGACAGCGUGGGUCCCAUUCAAGCAGAAGUGAAGUGGCCCACAGGUGAGUGCAAUGUUGCCGACAGAAAGGCCCCAGCAGCUGAAGCCAAAGCACCCAGAGAGCCAGACGGUGGAGCAGAGGUUCCAAGAAUAGUCGAGGGCUCAUCAGACUCCAAGAAGAGGGGCUCAGAGGAGGAGCAUGACAACAAGGUAGAAAUGAAGAAGAAAGGUGGGUUUGAGGGAACCGGGUUCCUGGGAAGAAAGAAAGUCCCUCAUUUGGCAUCAUCGCCAAGCACUUCGGACACGGGGCCCGACUCACCUGGUACUGCCUCCCCAUCACCGACCAAGACAGCUCCCUCACCCCGGCAUAAGAGGAGCGAUUCUUCCUGCCAAGAGUACAGCUUGUGAAAAAGCUUCCACGGAGGGCACAUGUUUCCAUGCAAACUCACAACUGGAUUUCAGUGCUGUUGACUUUUUCUCCACAGUGCUCCACUUUAAAAUGUGCUCCGUUUCAGUGUCUUGUUCACAGAAGGAAUUAACUGGAGUAAGGUGCACAGGUAAACAUAUCUUUUCAUAUUGCCUGAAAACUCUUCAGGUUUUCCAGCACAACUCACAGGGCCAUUUUAGAAGUAGUAACCCACUUAGAUGUUUAGCUGUGUAUUAAGGAAGGGAAAUGAACACCCAUUCCACUUCCCCCUUGCCUUUUCGGUGUUGUUCGUAAGUCUCCUAGGUCCACUCCGUUCUGCCAAGGAUUCACUUAUACUCUUUGAGAUCCUUGGGCAAAGGUGCUCAACAUUAAUGUCAUUAAUCUAAUGAUCAAACAUUCGUGACAUUCAGUGAUACAGUCCCUCAUGAACUAUUGUGAAAGCUUUUUUCUAGUGUCAUUUUCUGAUUCUCAUUGUUCAUUCGAUUGCAUUAAUUGAGCCCUUACUGUGUGCAAAGCACUGUACUAAGCGCGUAAUGGUUGGGACCCUUCCCGUCAACAUGCAUCCUCUAUCUUAAAUGUCAUUUACCCACAUAGUAAUUUACAAUUACUUGGAACUUCUUACCUUAGCACAACAACCCUCUCUCUCUCCUCAGUUUGGAUCAGAUUGGAAAACAAACUGUACUUGUUUGAGUCGUUUAAAAAGCCACCCUAGUUUUUCAGUAUUAAUAUGUCCAAGAUUUUUUGUCUGUGGCAAAUUUGCUAAUUUUGAGGCUGUGAUUCUGAAUGUUUGGCUCUCGCUUUUGGUUGCUGUAAAAAUGUUAUUUUGCAUAUAUUUGUCAUAAAAUUAAAAUGCAAAAGGAAUGGAAA